GAGGCGCGGGGUCUGGAGAUUGCGCUUGGGGACUUGCGGGGCAAACUAAGGGAAAAGCGGGCGACUUGUACCCCAAAUCCACACCACCAACCACCAGCGCUCGCUCCGGCCUGAGGCCGCCGCCUUCUGGAAGUUCUCCCGCCUUGGAGUGGGUCCAGGAUUGCGGGAAUGAUCACUAAAACCCACAAAGGAGACUUGGGCCUUGGGCUCUCAGAGAAAAAGAAGAAGAAAAAGAAGGUGGUCAAAGAACUAGAGACUCAAUACUCAGUUUUAAACAGUGACAAUUACUUCACUGAGAUCUGUCCCACAAAAGCCACAUCCCCCUCAAAGAGUGUGGUCCUGGGACAGGCAUCUGAGAUGCCUCUAGUGAAGAAAAAGAAGAAAAAGAAGGGACAUUGCACCCUCAGUGAGCAGCACUUAGAAUCUGAGACCACAUUACGUGCUGGACGGACAGAGAAGUUGCCGAGCCCCAGGAAGCAGGCUCUUGGUUCAUCUGAGUUCCAAGGUGGGGAGAAGAAAAAGAAGAGGAAGUCCUUAUGGCCUCCGGCCAUGUCCCCUGGCUCAAGAGUGAAGACCUUCCCGGACCCCAGACAGGGCGAGGAGGUGACCAGCAUCGGCAAGAAGCCCAAAAAACACAAGAAGGAGAAAAAGGCCCAGGAGGCUGCAGCCUUUUCAGCCAAGGACCCUUGGUUCUGUGAGUCUGGGGAUUCUCUGUAUGCUUGCUCGGUGGGGAAGGAUGGAGAGGAGCAGACAGCCUCAGGGCGGAAACGGAAGCAGGAGAGCCCCAGGGAGCACAAUGUGAAGAUGAAGAAGAAAAAGAAAAUCCACCAGAAGGGAGACACCUCCCUAGGGCACCUUGAGCUCUCCAAGUCCAUUGAGGGCAUCCCCAGGAAAAGAAGUAAGAAGCCAGUCAAAGUUGAGGCUCCAGAAUACAUCCCAAUAGAACAUAACCCCAAGUCCCCUGCAAAAAAGAAAAUGAAAGCCAAGAAAAAGGCAGAGCAGCCAGGCAUUGAGGAGCCAGCUCUGAGGAGGAAUAAAAAGAAGAAGGAGAAAGAGAGCAGAGUAGCAGGAGAGCCUUGUAAAGAGGAGCCUGACACAGACUUAGAGGUGGUGUUGGAAAAGAAAGGCAACAUGGAUGAGGCGCACAUAGACCAGGUGAGGCGAAAGGCCUUGCAAGAAGAGAUUGAUCGUGAGUCGGGCAAAACGGAAGCUUCUGAACCAAGGAAGUGGACAGGAACUCAGUUUGGCCAGUGGGAUACUGCUGGUUUUGAAAACGAGGAACAGAAACUGAAAUUUCUCAAACUUAUGGGUGGCUUUAAAAAUGUGUCACCUUCAUUCAGCCGCCCCCCUAACAUGACCGGAAGGCCCAACAUGGCUCUCAACAAGAAGGCGGCCGACACUCUGCGGCAGAACCUCCAGCAGGACUACGACCGGGCCAUGAGCUGGAAGUACAGCCGUGGCGCUGGCCUUGGCUUCUCCACCACCCCAGACAAAAUCUUUUAUAUUGACAGAAAUGCUUCCAAGUCCAUCAAAUUUGAAGAUUAAACUCUACUGUCUUGUCCUUCAAAACAGCCAGAAUUGCUUUUAUUAUUCAGUUGUGCAAAUGAAAGCCAUUUUACAGUUGUCUCAAGUCAAACCUCUGCAGAGAUUAAGGAAAACUUUGCCCAUGUGCUUGAAUGAACUGAGGUCAGGGAAGCUCAUGUUUCAGAAGUCAAGAGAACAUGUGAGUGGCUCACACUUACUAUUUUCUGUAUUAAGCAUUCCAUCCCUGUUUGAAGACAUCAGCAUAUAUAAAUAAUAGCUAAAUGUCUUGAGUGCUUAGUAUGUACCACGUACAUACUAAUGUGUUGCCCCUGCAUUAAUGUAUUUAAUCUUAAUAAUUAUGAAAUAGGUGCUAUUAUCCCCAUCUUAUAGAUGAGGAAACUGAGGUUCAGGGAUGAAGUAAUAAAAUUGCCCAGGUUCACCCAACCAGUAAGUGCCAAGUGUUGUACUUUUGUGCCCCAAGUCCUCUGUCACUAUUCACUACUCUGAAUGUCCCCCCCCCCCCCCCCCCAAGGAACUUUACCAGGAAUACUCACUGGAGAUUGAAAUCUCUUUUGGUUGAAGAAACAGAAGUUUUAUUAGAUGUCUGAAUCCCAAACAGGAAGUAGAAUUAAUGAUAAACAGGGAAGAGCAAACUCAUUUUCUUUUCCCAUCUUGGAGGAGCUACUGGCAAAGAGGGGUCUGAAUUGUCACCAAGCAGAUGUGACUGAGGUUCCUAUUAGGAAAUGUGUUUCUAAACCAGUUUUGCCUUUUCUGACUUCCUGCUUUCCAUCCUCAGUGCUGAGCUUGGAUUUAGUCUUGAUGCUCUUAACUAAAUUCUGAAAAAGGCAUUUUUAGAGAGACUGUUAGUCUUCGUGAACCAAUGACAAAUUCCCAGGGAUCUGUUUAUUAUAUUCUUUGCUACCAUGAGGAACAGAAUCCUAGGUGACUUAUGUGGCAGAGGUGUCAGGAUGUGUGGAGGAUGACACAGGAAGUUGCCUCCUCAUGAUCACAUUUCCAUGCCUAGACUCUAUAGGCAGCCCCACAGAGCUCCAUGUACAAUGACCUGAACGAUACGACCACCUUCUUCUUUACAUUCACCUAGCAUUUUGCAUCCCAACAUACAGUUUAUGAGUGGGACAUUUUCACAUCAUUUGAUACCUAUAGUCAUCCCAGCUCAGCAGCCCAACUAAACAGCCAGGAUAUUUAGUCUGUCACUUGGCAGGAAGUCCUUAUGUAGAGAAUUGAUGCAUCAGCUCAACAAAGAAACUCUUCUCUCUGCUCCAUUCAUCCUGUUGGCUUCAUCAAGCUGGUGGAAGAAGGGCUGGACCAAUUUUAAGUUGGAUAUCAAGACAGUAGAACAUUCCAGAGGAAGAAGAAAAACCUUAUGACUCAAGGAAACUUCCAGAAGACCUUUCAUCAUAACGCAUUGCCCAGCAGUGGGUCAUAUGCCCAUUUCUGAGCCAGCCCCUGGCAUGUGGACGAAGAUGCACUCCAGGCAGGUCAGAAAGGAAGAGUGAAGAGCAGAUGCUGGUGAGACAAACGUGGGGUCGACUAAUGUCCCACUGGGUGGGUAGAGGUGAGGCAGGCCUGCCCUGACUAAUAAACACUGACUAGGUCGAGAGUCCUACAGUUCUAUGCUAGUAAUGUCUCAGGUGGGCACAUCAGCCAGAAGGUGAAUUGGGCCUUUGAUGGAUUCAACUUUGAGGUACAUAAUCGAAGAGGCCAUCUAAUUGCCUAGAAGGUAAGGUUCUGCAAUUGAGUUAGCUCCUUCAGAGAAUCUUGUCCUUUCACAGGGGAAUAAAUCUCUCCUGGCCUUGAUCAACACUACAGGAAUUUACUCCCUAUACUGUCUGCUUUACUUGUUUUUACCUUGCUGAGAGAUCACACUACAGUUAGGGCCUGCCUUGGCUUAUCAGGGAAGAUUGUGCUCAGCCAUCUCUUGGGUGAUUCUGGAGACUGGCUGAUUGAUUGAUUGAUUGUCCACUGUCUUGUCCUCAUAGUGAUAGUUCUCAUUAGGAUGUGAUGGUCAGACCUUUCUCCUCCUGCCAUUUAGUAUUAAUAAUCUGUGUGUAAUAGGAUUUGACUUUCAAACUCAGUGUAUCCCCAUUGGCUGAAGAGAUCUGCUGGCUGAGGGGAAGGUUUAGUAUAGUCUGUUCCUAAAACGGGGUCUAGCCAGAGAAGGUUGAACAGCCAAGAUAGCAAGAUGGGCAGUGUCCUCAGAAUGGACUUAAUCUUACCUCUGCUGCUCUUACCAGUGCAGAUCAUUGUCAAGUUAGCAGGUCUCUGUCCUGCAGCAGUCUGCAGUCCCAGGAGGAUUUACUGAGUGUCCUGGGUUAACUGGGCUUCUCUCCUUUGUAAAUUAAGCAACAUCGGCUUGUGCCACUCUGCCCCUUUUCCCUAUGUCCAGUACCCUCAGUCUGUCUGCAAGGGUUUUUGUGUUUUUUUUUUGUUUUUGUGUUUGGUUUGGUGUGAUUUCCCUUGUUCAUGAUGUCUCCACUGAAACAAGACGGUUUGGGGAUUUUUAUUCAGAACCAGGGCAGGAGAGAUCGGACAUAUAUAGCACAGCCAAGGUCUUGGUUGAAUAUUUAAUAGCCCUGUUCUCAAACUUGUUGGCUGUUUGUCCCUCAGGGAUUUCUCAACUGACCAACUUUCCAUGACAGGGUCCUUCCCUCCAUACAGUUGCCCUUCCUUAUCCAGCUGUCUCUGAAACCUCAUGAUUCUUAACCACUGUAUUCCUUGGAGUGAUUCCUGCUGUUUCUGCCUUAGCCCACUGAAUUCUGCCCUGAGACUUCCUUUCCAUAACUAGAGUGACCCAUCAAAAGUAUUUGCUAGAUAGACAGCAUUCUCUAAAAGAAAAUGUGUAUUCAACUUUACAAACAUAGAAUUAGGUUUGUGGUUGGCAGAAUAAUGAGCCUCCAUUCUCUCCCUGGACAAGAUGACUCCCUCCAUUGUCCCCCUGGGACAAGAUGACCUUGUCCCAGUCACCAGAACCUGUGACUAUGUUAGGACACGAAAGGGAGUUUGGGUAACAGAUGGAAUUAAGGUUGCUAAUCAACUAACCUUAAAAUAAGAUUAUCCUGGAUUAUCUGAGUGAGCCCAGUCUAAUCACAGGAGUCCUUAACUGUAGAAGAGGGAGGCAGAAAUGUCAAAGAAACUUGUAAGAAAAACUCUAAGGUGGAGGCAAGGGCCAUGAGCCGAAGAAUGCAGGUGGCCUCUAAAAGCUGGAAAAAGCAAGAAAACAGAUUGUCCGCCAGAGCCUCCAGAAGGAACAAAGCCCUGCUUUGAGGGUAAGCCCCCUGAGACCUGUUGGACUUAAGGUCAAUAGAUAAGGUGAUAAAAUUGUGUUGUUGGAAGCCGCUAAGUUUGUGAUAAUUUGUUAAGGCAGCAAUAGAAAAGUAAUCUAGGUCUCAUACAGAACUUUUCCUCAUUUUUAAAAUCGUAUUUCCUAGAAUAUUUAGAAUUUUAUUGUUUCAUUAUCCUUUGUGAUAACAGUAGACUUCAUCCCCUGUAGGCUAUGGUUUUCAGAGUCUGGCUAAUUGAUUCAGUAAUGGGCUGAGGAAAACCACAAAAGGUCACAGAAGAUCUAAGCUUUGGUCUGGGACAGGUGUGACAGAUGGUUCAGAAGCUCCUUUGGUGUAAUGCGUAUUCAACCUAAUAUGAAAGUCCAAAUUCAUAUCAAUAUAAGAACAUUACUCAGGCUUGGGAACAAAUGCUGUCUGAUGUGUAACCUCAGAGUAGAAGGAAAUGACUUAAAGCGGGUAAUUUGUGAAUUUGCCAGUUGUGUUUCAUUUAAAUAGUAUCUAGUAAAAGUGGCAUAUGAAAUAAUUUUAAUGGAAAUAAUUUUGUGAAAUAAAGAUCAGUUGAUAAUAUUUGAGCAGUA